AUGUCUGAUAAAGGACAAAAAUUUGAUCAACAAUAAGAUAGUGAAUUAAAAAUUUCAGAUUAUUAUAUUGAUUAAGAUGAAAAAGAGAGGUCUGUAUCAAUAAAGAAAGGCUUAAUAAGAAAUAAAGAAUGCAAUAAUGGAAUUAUUAAUUAUAGAAAGUCAGGUUAACAGUUCUCUCUUGACGAAGAUAGAUUAAUUUUAGAAUUGGUUCUAAAUUUUGGGCCAAAAUUUUAAAAAAUACAUAAGCAUUUUCCUGGAAAAACUUUAGCGAUGGUUAAAAAUAGAUACUAUAAAUAUUUGAGAUAUAGAUGGGAAGUGCUUAAUCCAUCAGCCAAAGCAAAUGAUAUAGGUAAGCAAAUAAAUAAGGUCAGCUAACUUACUUUUGAAUCUUAUGAAAUAUUAAGUGAAAAGCAUUAAACUCUAAAUACCUUGCUUAAUUAAGAAAGGGAUGCUCUAGUAAAUACUAUUGCAGAAAGAUGUCAAUUGCCUAAUGCAAAAAUUUAUGCUGAAUAUUUAGUAGCAAAUAUAUUUUGA